CUCCCCUCCUGGCAUGGCACUGCUUGCCCUGUGUCCAUGAGCCCCCGCCCCCUAUCAGCGCCUCCCUCCCUCGCCCCCUCCUUUGUGCACCCCAUUACUCCUCCCUCUCUUUCUUUCUCCUGCGCGAAUUGCUCAUCUGGCCCAGCUCCCCUCCCCCUCGGCACACGAGAAAGAGACAGACGCCGUUGUCGACAUGGCACCCAACAGCAACAGUGGCGGCGGCAGCGCCAGCACCAGCUCUCCGGCAGAGCCAUCCCACAAUGACCCCAGCCUGGUGUGUGCCAUCGUUUUCGAGGAUGCCCCGGUCAUCCGGGCGGCUCUACGCCACCGGGCCGCCGGUCUCCCUUGGGCGGAAUUCUCACUGGCCACCGUGCGACGUACCCUGCGCGCGGAGGUCUCAGCCGAGCCUCCAGUCGCCGGGGCCGCGGACUCGGACCAACCAUCGGUCUUCGAACUGUCAGCCGACCCGCAUGACCACCCGACCAACCCCCUGCCGGAGCUCUUCCACAACGGCGUGCGCAUCGACUUUGCCAAUGAGCCAGGCAACACCAUGAUCCGUGGCUACCCGCGAGAUAUGGACGAGGUGUGUGCCUUUUUCGACCGCGCAGGCAUUCGCGUCCAGCGCCUGACUCGAUCGGAGCCGCCGUCCAUCAUGGCACGGCUCUUCUUCGUGGCCGCCCUGAUUGGAGUCGUGGCGGCGGUCUGGUCAUCGGGGCCACACCAGCUCAGUUCCCCGAAAGGGUGGGGGCUUCCCCUGCCGGAGGGCAUUCCCUUGUGGGGCCUCGCGGCCGGUGCGGCCGUGGCUGGCUGGCUGCUGGCCUGUACAGUGGCCCUCCUCAAGCUUGGAUAUUACCAGCUCCGAUCGGGAGGGUCGCUGGAAGCGGUGUCCUUCGCUCCGGAGUCACGUGCGCGCCCUCACCUCGAGAGCGACCGGUGACUCUUCACGUCCUUGGGCACGUGCGAGCUAUCGCAACCACAUCUUAUCAUUUUACAAGCCCGUUGGGAGAAGCGGCGUGUGGCUGCCCGUGGCGGAGGGUGGGGAGUCGGCGUUCUGCCGGCGCCCAGGCGGGCCGGCCUGGACGCGCGAUGCGCCAACGGGGCGCACCCGAGCGC